AUGGCCGCCGACCGAAGCGGAGGUGACGGCGAUAUUCUGGGACGGCUGGGGGAGCUCAGGGAGUGCCAAGAUCUCUUUGAGUCCGCGAAGCAGAUGCUGAAGACGAAGCAGGAACUCCACGAUGUGUCCAAGGACCUUUGCGCUGGCUGCCCAAACAUGCUCUGGAAAGAGGGCGGCAAAUGGAAAGCCGUGAACCCAGCGGCGGCGGAGAUUCAACGGCUGAAAGAGGAUGUCUCUGCACUUUGCGACAAAGCCUUUACAGGUGGCGCGAAAGAAGCUGAUGCCAAGGGCAUGGCAAUGACCUUCGAGCAUGAUGACUAUCGCCGUCGUUUGCAACGUCUUCUCAGUCCUCGACGGCGUCGGGGGCCGGAAGUCUCGCAGCAAGAUCGAAGCCAGCAGGCGCAGGAAAACCCCGAGCCGCAACAGAGAGAUCCUCCUGCGCCUUGGGAGCCCUCCUCCGACGAUCCGCCGCCCUGGGAUCGUCCGAGUACCCCUGGGACCCAAAAGCAGGCUGAGACGGCGCCGAGCACUGCGCCACUGGAGGGCGCGAGAACAGAAAGCGGACCGGAUGCAGGCCAUGCUGAGAGUGGCAACUGGUGGGAAAAUCGGCGAUGGCAGCACGGCGGAUGGAAAUGGAAAGGAGAAGGGGGUGACGGAAACGCUGCGUGGUCGGAGGAUGCCUGGCAAAGCCACGCUGGCGAAGAGAGCAUGGGCAGCUGGGAAAGACGAAACGAUUCGGACAACUGGCACAGUGAUCCAUGGCAGAACUGGGAAUCCCAUGAUGGACAGCAGAACGACUGGCAGCAGGAUGAGCGAGGAACCAGCUCGAGGGAUCGUCGCGAUAAUGUCUGGAGUGCUGGUGCAUGGGAGAAGCACCGAUGGCAAGGGAAAGAGAGAUGGUGA